AUGCGGAAGAUGGACUCAAGGGCUACGGAAUCACCUUCACUCUGGGGAAAGGCACUGAAGUUGAUCGGUCCCGAGAAGGGUGUGGUGCAUCUGGACACAUCGGCCGUUCUCAAUGCCGUGUGGGACCUGUGGGCCAAGCAGGAGGGAAAGCCUCUGUAGAAGUUACUUGUUGACAUGGACCCCAGGAAGCUGGUAUCCUGCCUAGAUUUUAGGUACAUCACCGACGUCCUGACAGAGGAGGAAGCCUAUAAAAUCCUGCAGAAAGGUCUAGUUGGGAAAAAAGAGCGAGAAGAGCUAAUGCUGGCGCACGGCUACCCCACCUGCACCACGUCAUGCGCCUGGCUGGGCUACUCGGACGCCACACUGAAGCAGCUCUGCAGCGAGGCGCUGGAGGACGGCUGGACCAGGUUUAAGGUAAAAGUUGGUGCUGAUCUCCAGGAUGACAUCCGUAGAUGCCGACUCAUCAGAAACCUGAUCGGCCCUGAGAAGACGCUGAUGAUGGAUGCCAACCAGCGCUGGGAUGUGCCCGAGGCCGUGGAGUGGAUGGCGAAGCUGGCGGAGUUCAAGCCUCUGUGGAUUGAGGAGCCCACCUCCCCUGAUGACAUUCUGCGGCAUGCCAUUUCCAAGGCACUGAUCCCCCUGGGAAUUGGCAUUGCCACCGGCGAACAGUGCCACAAUAGAGUGAUAUUUAAGCAACUCCUACAGGCAGAAGCCCUGCAGUUUCUCCAGAUCGACAGCUGCAGGCUGGGGAGUGUCAGCGAGAACCUCUCAGUGCUGCUGAUGGCCAAAAAGUUUGACAUUCCUGUGUGCCUGCAUGCUGGUGGAGUUGGCCUCUGUGAACUGGUGCAGCACCUGAUUAUAUUUGACUUCAUAUCAGUCUCUGCAAGCCCCAAAGACAGGAUGUGUGAAUACGUCGACCACCUGCACGAGCACUUCAAGUACCCUGUGAUAAUCAAGAAGAAAUCCUACAUGCCUCCUAAGGAUGCUGGUUAUUCAACAGGUAAGGAGGAAUCUGUAAAGAAACACCAGUAUCCAGAUGGUGAAGUUUGGGAGAAGCUCCUUGCUGCUCAAGGGAAUUAG